GGAAAACUGAGGCUGAUGUGCGGGCGGCAAUCGUGCACGCUUUUCACGUUAGCAUAGUAAUCAAGACACGCAUACACUUUAGCGAACGUUUUAAGCAGUCCCUGACUUUCGUGGCUAUUUUACGAUCCUCACUAUUUGAUUUCUUUUAAAAAAAUUUUUUCAGAAAGGUGCGUGGGCAUCCGCGUCUCCAUGUGUACAGGAAUACUUCCCUGCACCUUUAAGACGCAUCACCCCUCCUUCCGAGCAAACAAUGGUCUAUACCCGGCUCAGCUUCCCCAAAGCAACAUUUGUAACAUGCCAUUUUUUUCUACACUAAUGGAUAAUUUUUGAGAAAAUGUCACAGAGAAGCUAGAAAUUUGCAAGUUGCAGAAACAUGUCAGCCGUGCUCAUCCCUGAAUCCGACGCAGUGACAGCGCCGCUUUGUUUGCUGUGAAGCCUGCCGGUGAGCCCGGGGGUGCCAAUGGUCCCGAAGUGGACAGCUGUGUGAUCCCAUUUGCUCGCGGAGACUGCGGUUGUCAUUGAUCAAUUGAGGGAGCGGACGUCUAAGAAUAGCCUGUAGAAAUGAUGUGCGAAGUGAUGCCGACGAUCAAUGAGGAUACCCCUUUGAGUCAGAGGGGUUCACAGAGCAGUGGCUCUGACUCGGACUCCCACUUUGAACAGCUGAUGGUCAGCAUGUUAGAUGAGCGGGACCGGCUACUGGAUACAUUACGGGAGACACAAGAAAGCCUGGGUUUGGCUCAGCAGCGGUUGCAGGAUGUCAUUUACGAUCGGGACUCUCUGCAACGCCAACUCAACUCAGCAUUGCCACAGUUGACCUCUGAACAUGGUGUUAAGUUUGCAGCACAUUUGCUUCCUCUGGAAUUUGCUGCACUUACAAAGGAGUUAAAUGCAUGUAGAGAACAACUGCUAGAAAAGGAAGAAGAAAUUUCAGAGCUGAAAGCCGAGAGGAACAAUACCAGGCUGCUACUAGAACACUUGGAGUGCCUCGUUUCAAGACACGAGCGAUCCCUGAGAAUGACAGUUGUGAAACGACAAGCACAGUCUCCCUCAGGGGUUUCCAGUGAAGUUGAGGUCCUCAAAGCGCUCAAGUCAUUGUUUGAACAUCACAAGGCCCUUGAUGAGAAGGUGCGGGAGCGUUUAAGAGUUUCAUUGGAAAGAGUAUCAGCUCUAGAAGAGGAACUGUCUGCAGCUAAUCAAGAGAUUACUGCCUUACGUGAGCAAAAUGCACAUAUUCAGAGGAAAGUUGCGUCAGGGGAUGAAGCUGAACUUCUUGAAGGAACAGAAGCUGGUCAGAAAGUCCAUGGAAAGCGCCUUUCCAAUGGUUCAAUUGAUUCAAAUGAUGAGGCCAGCCAGGUGGUCGAGCUUCAGGAACUGUUGGAGAAACAGAACUAUGAGUUGGUCCAGAUGAAGGAACGAAUGUCUUUGCUUUCAUCCCGUGUCUCUGAAGUUGAACAAGAGUUAGAGACUGCAAGGAAGGAUUUAAUAAAAUCAGAGGAAAUGAGCAAUAAAUUUCAGCGUGAUAACAGAGAGGCAAUGUGCCAAAAAGAAGACAUGGAAGAGCGCAUUACCACCUUGGAGAAGCGAUACUUGAGUGCCCAGAGGGAAUCUACCUCUUUGCAUGACAUGAGCGACAAACUCGAGAAUGAGCUGGCUAACAAAGAGGCCCUCCUACGUCAGAUGGAGGAGAAAAACAGACAACUGCAGGAGCGUCUUGAACUGGCUGAGCAAAAACUUCAGCAGACAAUGAGGAAAGCCGAGACCCUGCCAGAGAUUGAAGCUGAACUGGCGCAGAGGAUAGCUGCCCUCACAAAGGCUGAGGAAAGGCAUGAAAGCAUCGAAGAGCGUAUGAGACACUUGGAAGGGCAGCUAGAAGAGAAGAAUCAAGAACUUCAAAGAGCCCGUCAACGAGAGAAAAUGAAUGAAGAGCACAAUAAACGGCUGUCAGAUACAGUGGACCGACUUCUAACUGAGUCAAAUGAACGUCUUCAGCUGCACCUAAAAGAAAGAAUGGCUGCCUUAGAAGAAAAGAACGUUUUAAUACAAGACUCGGAGACCUUCCGGAAACAGCUGGAGGACUCACUUCAUGAGAAGGAUCGUUUGGGUGAAGAUGUAGAAAAGCUUAGAGCAGAACUUGAGCAAUUUAAGAUGAGGGCCGGCCCUUUAAUUGAAUCGACACUAUGCAGGUCUCAUCUGGACACCUCAGGGGAGUUACGAUAUUCAAUGGGAUCCCUCGCUGACAGUCAACCAGAUCACUAUCGGUCAGCCAAGGUAAUAAGAAGGCCAAGAAGGGGUCGUAUGGCUCUGCGCAGGGAUGACCAAAAGGCUAAAUCAUUAGGGGACCAUGACUGGGGUCGACCACAGCAGAUCAGUGUUCUGGGGAGUCAUGCUUUUGAAAGCGACACAGAGAUGUCUGAUAUUGAUGACGACGACAGAGAAACCAUCUUCAGUUCUAUGGAUCUUCUAUCUCCAAGUGGACAUUCUGACGCUCAGACGCUGGCUAUGAUGCUGCAAGAACAACUGGAUGCCAUUAACAAGGAGAUCAGGUUAAUUCAGGAAGAAAAGGAGUCGACAGAACUGCGUGCUGAGGAAAUUGAAAAUCGUGUUGCUAGUGUCAGCCUUGAAGGGUUAAAUCUAGCUCGAGCUCACCCUGGGACCUCAAUUACUGGCUCUGUGACUGCUUCAUCUCUGGCCAGUUCUUCACCACCAAGUGGUCAUUCUACACCAAAACUUACACCCCGCAGCCCUGCUCGUGAGAUGGACCGAAUGGGGAUUAUGACCUUGCCCAGUGAUUUGCGGAAGCAUAGAAGAAAGAUUGCUGCAGUGGAUGAAGAAGGCCGUGAAGACAAGGCUACCAUAAAGUGUGAAACGUCUCCUCCUCCAACACCUCGCCAGGUCAGAAUGACACACACACUGCCAUCAUCUUACCACAAUGAUGCAAGAGGUUUAUCUACUGCACUGGAAGUAGAAGCAGGCGCGCUCAGCAGUGUGACCAGCAGCCAAGACUCCCUCCAUAAAGCCCCAAAGAAGAAAGGCAUUAAAUCAUCUAUAGGUCGCUUGUUUGGCAAAAAAGAAAAAGGAAGACUUGGUCAGCUGACCAAAGAGCUGGUUGGUCCUGGUCAAGGGCACAUGUCUGACACUGAUCUUGCUGGCCAGGACUCCCUCGGGUUGGGAAAACUUGGAACGCAAGCAGAAAAGGACAGACGACUGAAAAAGAAACAUGAGCUACUUGAAGAGGCUCGAAGAAAAGGGUUACCUUUUGCUCAAUGGGAUGGUCCCACUGUGGUUGCGUGGCUUGAGUUGUGGCUUGGGAUGCCAGCUUGGUACGUGGCAGCCUGUCGAGCUAAUGUAAAAAGUGGAGCCAUCAUGUCAGCACUCUCAGACACUGAGAUCCAGAGGGAAAUUGGAAUCAGCAACCCACUGCAUCGCCUCAAGUUACGGUUAGCAAUCCAAGAGAUGGUGUCAUUAACCAGCCCUUCUGCACCUCCAACCUCCAGAACACCCUCUGGCAAUGUGUGGGUGACCCACGAGGAAAUGGAAAACCUAACAGCUCCAACAAAAGCGAAGGAGUCAGAAGAAGGCAGCUGGGCACAGACAUUGGCAUAUGGUGACAUGAAUCAUGAAUGGAUUGGCAAUGAAUGGCUCCCAAGCCUUGGCUUACCUCAGUACCGUAGUUAUUUCAUGGAGUGCCUGGUUGAUGCUAGAAUGCUGGACCACCUGACUAAGAAGGACCUCAGAGUGCACCUUAAAAUGGUUGACAGUUUCCACAGAACAAGUUUACAGUAUGGAAUCAUGUGUUUGAAAAGGCUCAACUAUGACAGGAAAGAAUUGGAACGGCGGAGAGAAUCUAGUCAACAUGAAAUGAAGGAUGUCUUAGUGUGGAGCAAUGAGCGUGUCAUCCGCUGGGUACAAAGCAUUGGACUGAGAGAUUAUGCAAACAUUUUGCAAGAAAGCGGUGUUCACGGGUCUCUCAUAGCCUUGGAUGACAACUUUGACUACAGCAGUCUAGCUUUGUUACUGCAAAUCCCAAACCAAAACACUCAGGCACGGCAAAUCCUUGAAAGGGAAUACAACAAUCUUUUAGCUUUAGGAACUGAGAGAAGGCUAGAUGAAAGUGAUGAUAAAAACUUUCGUCGAGGACCUUCUUGGAGGAGGCAGUUUCCCCCACGUGAAGUCCAUGGAAUCAGUAUGAUGCCAGGCUCAUCAGAGACUCUGCCAGCAGGAUUUAGAUUGACAACCACUUCAGGGCAGUCACGCAAAAUGUCUAAUGAAGUUCUCUUUGAAGUGUUGGAUGACAGUCCUCCUGAUAUGAUGAUGGACUGGUCUCAAGUGGCCUCAUCAGCAUUGCAGAGGCUAGACAGUUCCACAGUGCGGACAUAUUCCUGCUGAUGUAUCACAGAAAGGAAAGAUGCCUCUGAUUAUUCAUUACAGUCCGAGUCCUUUUACCAUUUGUGUGAUGAUGGAGCCUCGAGUCCCCUUUGACUCCCCAGUCAAGAUCACCUAAUAAAAACUGAAGGCAUGACUCCCUCCAGUACUAGGCAAUGCUCAAAGAGAGCACAAAGUGGGCGGCGAGAUGAACAACUUUAAUGUGGAACAGCGAACAGCCAAGGUGGCGUAAUAAAGCACCAGCAGGAGGUGUUAUAAGUUUUACAGAGCUGUCAAGUAGUUACAGUUCUGCCAUUUUUCUUGUACCAUAACAGUAGAGUUUAUGUAAUGUUGUAGGUAUUUCUUUUACAGCAAAUGUGUACGUCUUCUGUAAAUUUAUAUAAAUAUGAUGAUUUUUAUAUUUAAACAAAAGUAAUUAUAUGGGGUUUAUGUGAACACCCUGGUAUCAUUUCCAAGUUGAGAGAUGCUGCUGUUUGUACCUUUUCCAUGACACCAUUUUUCAUGUUUUCCUUAAUUUAUUUCAUGGUGGUCAAGUUUACAUCUUUAGUGUUGACAGCACCUUUGGAGAACAGUUCUUGUUUUGACAGCAGAUAUACUGUGCUUUGGUUUUCCUCACAACAAAUUUGUCUCCUUUAGCUGUGAAUCCUGCCUACAUGUGGUGUACAGUUGUAUGAAUCUUGUCACAAAAUCAGACCUGAAAGUAAAAGAAACUAUGAGAAUUCGUAACUUGCAAGCAGAACUGUCCACAAGAGGGCAGUAUCAUCACUCCCAAAACUUCAGUCUGUUUGACAGUUUCAGAUCUCCAGCAGGGACUGUUCCACAAUUUUUAUGUGCAUCUACUGCUUUGGACCAAGAGAAUCAUCCAUUUGUUUUUAAUAGGAGUGUACAUUUUUGAUUAUUGCUCCCCGAUGCACUUCUAGCAGAGUCUCCUGCCCCAGAAUUUAUAGUAACUGAACUCCUAAAAAAACCCUUAAUAUGAAAGAAAGAGACUAAAUUACAGAGACUGUAGGUGGCACUUGUGUUUAAGAAUCAGCCCUUGUGUAAGCUUUGGCUACUGAAGUCACUUUAUCAGAAGAAAUAACUGAAAGACAGAAUGCUAUUCUCUUAGUCUGUAAAGCCUGUAUAAAUAAUUUAGCUGAAAGAAUAUUAGAGUGAAAGACUAUCCUGCUUGCUGUGAAUUUAUUUAGUGUUGCAAUACUUGUUCAUUUUUGUUUUUGUAGGGUUUUGUCAGAGUAUGAAUCUCUCUAGAAUAUUUCCUUUGCUAGUUGCCGACUCCUUGGUGCUUAAUCUUAGCUUAAGACCUGUCUUUUAGUUAUUUCUAAAAAUUUGCAGUUUAUUCUGCAGGGCUUUAUUUUUCCUUUGGCAUGUACAGAAUAUUUUAUUUCUUUGAUUUUGUUGUGUCUGUUUUUAUUUAUUUAACUGACUGGCUUCCAGUUGAAUAAAUUUGUGAACAAUUUUUUUUUGGUUUCAUUGUCAAUAAACAUGAAAAUUGUUUC